UAUCGGUUGCGUUUCACCUUUUCUGCACUAAACACUUCGAGAAGUAAAAUAGUGUAAGCAGUCCUCUUGCCUGGUGGAGGUUAGUCUUUGUACAGUGGGGUAAGCUGCACGGUUCCCAGAAAUUUCUUCCUCAACAAGUAAAAAGGACAUCAAUCAUCCUUCUCAGUUCUCUCGUUCUUCUGAUCAAAGUGUAAUCGAUAAUCGUUUGUAGUUGUUUGGGUCGAUUUUCUGUUUGGAAAAAUUACAGAGUGGCACCGGGUGAUCGUCUCCUUUUUGAAUUUGGGUGUCCAUGGUUUUGUAAAAUGAAAAUCGAGGAACUAGGAAAGGUUGAUUGUGAUAGAAAAGAUCUCCUUUCACGGGGACAGAUUGUUCGCGUUGAUGCAAAAAGAGCGUUAGUUGGAGCAGGGGCGCGGAUUCUCUUCUAUCCGACUCUUUUAUAUAAUGUGUUUCGGAACAAGACUGAAGCGGAGUUCCGAUGGUGGGAUGAAGUUGAUCAGUUUCUUUUGCUGGGGGCUGUUCCAUUUCCCAAGGAUGUUCCACGCUUGAAGCAGCUUGGUGUUGGAGGUGUCAUCACUCUCAAUGAACCAUACGAGACUUUGGUUCCUACGUCCUUGUACCAUGCAUAUAGAAUUGACCAUCUGGUGAUUCCAACAAGGGACUACCUAUUUGCCCCGUCGCUUACAGAUAUUAGCCGAGCUACUGAGUUCAUUCACAAGAAUGCAUCAUGUGGAAAAACUACUUAUGUUCACUGUAAAGCUGGGCGGGGUAGGAGUACAACCAUUGUCCUCUGCUAUUUGGUGAAGUAUAAGCAUAUGACACCUGCUGCUGCAUUGGAAUAUGUGCGAUCUAGAAGACCUAGAGUGCUGUUAGCUCCUUCUCAAUGGAAGGCUGUCCAAGAGUAUGGAAGGCACCACCGAGAUGUUUCUGGACACUCUCCAGUAGGGGAUGAGGUUCUGAUAACGAAGGCAGAUUUGGAAGGUUACCAUGGAACUUGCAAUGAUGCUACUGGUAAGGAGCUGAUCAGCAGCUGCGGGGCAAAGAGAGCUAGGCCCGUGAUAGCAAGACUCUGUUGCCUUCUUGCAUCCUUGAAAGUUUCAGGAGGCUGCACAUCGAGUGUUGGAAGGGUGCCACAGAUUCGUGCUUGUUAGGCCCCAAGAAAGAAUGAUGAUGGGGAGGAGAAUUCAGCAAAUUUUGAUUUCAUUGGAUUUUCAGUACUGUGACAAAAGAAAGGAGACCUUCAAAGUUUGUGUAUGAAUGAAUAUUUAAGUGGAGAGUAAUGAAAAAUUUGUAUGUAAUACUUGCAUCAGAUCUUUCUUAUUUGGUUAAAUUGCUUGUAAAUAUUUUAGCGGUUCAACUUUAAUAUUUCUGCAGUGUUUGAUUCUCUCAA